AUGUCGAGUGGGGAUGCGAACUUCGAAGCAGUGCUCGCUGGCCUUCUCUCGCAAGACAACGCCGUGCGGAAAAACGCUGAAGCUGUCUACAACAAGGAGCUCGAGACACAACCGGCGGUAAUUGCCGGGCAGCUCUUGCGAUGCCUUGCGAGCGCACAGGCUGAGCUCAUCCGGACGACUUGCGCCGUGCUCAUCCGGCGUGUCGUCGUGCCGUCGGGCCCACACUGGUCUCGUCUGGACAGCGCGACUAAGGCUGCCCUCCGCGCGGGCCUUCUUUCGGCUAUCGGGAACGAGACAUCCAACCCUGUCGCACGCAAGAUCUGCCAUGCCGUUGCGGCGUCGGCCUCGCCAGAUGCAGGGCCGUGGCCGGAGCUCUUGCCAGCGGUAAUCUACACUGCACAGUCGGCGGAGCAAAGCAAGAAGACGCUGGCGUUCUUCCUCUUAGGGGCGAUGGCAGAGACUUCCCUCGAGACCUUGUCGAGACAGGCAUCGUCGCUCAUGCAGAUGUGCGCCGAAGCACUCUCAAACCUAUCCCAGCUGGCGACUGCCUCUGGCGCCUUCAAGGCCGCGGCCGCCGUGCUUCAGACCAUCGUGGACGAAACGGAGCAAUCUGCGUUCCAUGCGAUCCUCCCGCAAAUGCUUCAGGUGCUGAGUGCGGUGCUGUCGGCUGGAGAGGAGCUGGAGGCCCAAGAAAUGCUCGAGUCCCUCGUCCAACUGGCCGACGUCUCGCCCUUGUUCUUCCGGACAAGUGUGGCGCCCUUGUCGGAGGCAAUGCUUGCGGUGGGCUCGGCGUCUCAGCUGGAGUUUUGCACCCGCGCCGCUGGUGUGGAGGUGCUUCUCAGUCUCGCCGAACGCGCGCCCGCGAUCAUGCGCAAGUGCUCCUCGAUCGCGCCGGGCGUGCUACCUCUCGCUAUGGCGUUGACUUGCGAGCUGGACGAGGACCAAACCGACUGGGUUGCCGGUCCGUACGAUGACGACGUGGAUCACGACGAAGAGGCUGCAUACGGCGUGGAGGCCAUGUGUCGAAUCAUUGCCGCUCUGCACGGCAAAGCCACGAUGCCAACGGCCUUGCAGCUGGUGCCCGAGUACCUAGCAGGAGCGGAUUGGCGGCAACGACGGGCUGGUCUCUGUGCUUUGGGUGCUCUCGCGGACAGCGCCACCAAGACAUUUAAGGAACACCUGCCGUCCGUCGCCGAAGCUGCCAUCUCCCUCUUGGUGGACCCCAGCCCACGAGUGAGGUUCCAAGCGCUGCAGCUCACCGGAAGACUCAGCGAUCUAUACCCCGUAGACUUCCAGGGUGUAUACCACGAGAAGGUGGUCCCCGCGGUGUGCGGACUGGUGUCCGGACCCUCGCAGCCUGUCCGCGUCCGCGGCCACGCGGCAGCAGCCAUCGUCAACUUCGUCGACACGGAAGACGUCCCCGAAGAAGCCGUCACCCCGCACUUGGACGCUCUACUGUCGGCCCUCUGCUCGUGCUUGAACGGGGGCGUGCCGCAGUCUGUUCAGUGCCGUGCCCUAACUGCGGUGGCAUGUGUGGCAAAGACGGCUGAAGCAAAGUUCGGCAAGUACUACGACUCGUUUAUCCCGGGCAUCAAGGAGAUCGUCCUGGCGGCCGCCCCUAAGGCCGGCACCGAUCCUCAGAACGACUUGCUCCUGGGCCAGGCCAUGGAGUGCGCAGGGAUGAUUGGAGAGGCUGUGGGCAGGGCCCGCUUCAAAUCAGAUGGAUUGGCUAUGAUGAGUACUCUCAUGGAGCGACUCGGGAAGGGUGGCGUGGAUGGGCACAGCCAGUUUAUCUUCGAGCACGUGGCCCCCGCGUGCGGCAAUCUGUGCCGCGCCCUGGGAGAAGACCUCGCCAUGUUCCUGCCCGUGGUACUGCCUCCUCUCUUCGCGGCUCUUGAGGAGGAGGUGAAGUUCAGCAUGGAGGCGGCUGACCCGGAUGACGACGGGGAGGAGUGCGUCACGGAUGAACAGACCGGCACACAGACAGCUGUCCUGAACAUCCGAGGCCUGGGUGCGCAGCGCGUCACCCUCAGCACGUUCGCCAUCGCGAGCAAGCAAACCGCUGCACGGCUACUGUUUGAGUACGCCGGUGCCCUGGAAGGAGCGUUUCUCCCCCACGUACCGGCCUCCGCCUCGGCUCUCAUCCCAGCGGUCACUUUCCGGUUCAACGAGGAAGUCCGCUCUGCCGCCGCCCUGGCCUUGGCUAAGGUAUACACUAGCUCGCUGCAGGCAGAUGUGUCGAUGGCGUCUCAGCUGCUCUCGCCUUGCAUCACCGUGCUUCUGGAGGGUCUGCAGGGGGAGUCCCAGGACGAGGCACGCACCUGCAUGUCGAGCGCGCUACGAGACGUCCUGUGCGCUUGCUACGAGAGCGGUGGUACCGACGAAGCCACCGGAUCGCAACUACCACCCAAGAUGCAGGCGCCCAUGGAGGCAGCUGCCGCCAUCUCGGAACAGCUCGUGGCGCGAGUCAAGGCAAGCUUGGAGCGCCGCGUUGCAAAGGAGGCUGAGUUCGAGGGCGAGGGUGCCUGGGACGAGGAAGACAACGAUCUCCUCGAGGAACAGAUCGCGCCGGAAGAGGAAGUGAUGGAGCACCUCGUAGACUCACUGGGUUAUCUCCUCAAGGGGCACGGCCCUGCUUACCUCAAUGUAUUCGACACGGUCACCGCUCCUGUCUUCGGUGCGUUGCUGGAGAGCUCGCAGCCCGCGUCCCUGAGGUGGAAUGCCGUCUGUGUAUUCGACGACUGCGUCGAGCACUGCGGAGAGGGAGCGCACAAGUACCUCCCUGCUUGCUUCCCUGCAUUCAUGGCAGGAAUAAUGGAGGAGUCGAGCCCGACGUUGCAGAUGGCAUCGGUGUACGGCGUGCAGCAGACUGCCAAGCACGCGCCUGCUUUCAUUUUGCCGAGGGUGGCGGAGGUCGUGCGACACCUCGUGCACCUCAUCAACCGUCCCGAUGCGAAGGACGAAGACAGCCUCCUAGUCACCGAAAACGCCGUCGCAGCUCUCGGGACGUUGUGCGUGUCGCCCGCGCUGUCCUCGGCCGUGGAUCGAUCGCAGCUUCUUCCGCUCUGGUUGUCCCACCUCCCUCUUAAGGAGGAUGAGACGGAGGCCCGCGUCGUCCACAGAACGCUCUGUGAGCUUGUGGAGCAGCAAGACCCAAAUCUGCUCGGUAACAACCUGGGGAAGGUUUCUCUGGUGGUCAGCGUACUGGGCCAGAUCCUGGAAGCGUGCUUGCUCGACCCGGACUUGGCAAUCGUGGAUGCUACAACGGGUCGUCGCAUGGGUCGUAUCCUUAACGGAAUGCAAACGUCUUACCCCACGGAAGUAAUGGAGAAGGCGUGGGGGGGCUUGACGCAAGGACAAAAGGCUGCCAUUCAACAGGCGUGUUCCUGACCCGUGAUCACUCCUGCGGUAGUUUCAGGCCUUAAUCAUCGUGCCCGUUUUGAAGAAGUGCGCAUGGCAACAUUUUUGGUUCACGCUAUUGCCAUGCAUACCUAGGGGCGGUUUUUCCAAGCAGUGCAAGGAUUCGCCCAUCACCGCCUUGUCACUUUACUCGAUUGUAGAAUUUUUUCAACAUGUACACAGCAGGUAAACAGUUCAGUACCCGGACGAUUUGAGGCUGGUGGCGUCUCAUGGUUUUUUCUUGGUUCGGUCUUUAGGUUAUGAGUGUGUUGGUGUUUUUCGUGUUGCUGCUCUCUUUGGGCCUCUUCGCUUGUAUGAUAGUACUGAUGAGUACACAUCCAUGUGGUAAAUAUCGUUUGCAGAGCUGCGAUUAGCUUCUCCCGACUUGGGCUAUGACGUAGCGGCAAGGGGAUUGUUGAAACGGUGCCGUUGCACAUGGAAGGUUGCCUUUUCGACCGUUGUUAAGCCCAGAACGCUUUCGCAAGAAAGGAGGACAACGUUUAGGUGCCCCGAAAUUCCCGUUGCGCAUUGCAACCCCCCCGCUACCUAGAACAUCUUAUUCGG